AUGCCCGUAACAAAAAUAACGAUUGCUCCUGAUGUUGAUCAAUACACUUUGAUCAAUAAAAGCAAAACCUUGGCUGUCAUGAUCAUGACGUAUGGCGCUACGAUCACUCAUAUCCUCACACCUGAUAAAACAGGCACUAUUCGCGACAUCGUACUGGGCUUUGAUGACUUUGAAUCCUACAAGAAUCCUUUGAACAGAUACUUUGGCGCUCUCAUUGGACGAUAUGCAAAUCGUAUUGCCCAGGGUAAGUUUACAGUGGAUGGUAAAGAGUACCAGUUAGACAUCAACAAUGGUCCAAAUGCCCUUCAUGGCGGUCUCCAAGGGUUUGAUAAAAAGAUUUGGACGGCAACCGUAGUUUCGGAAGAACCUGCAUCUGUUCGUUUCGAGCUUGUCUCUCCUGAUGGUGACCAAGGGUAUCCUGGUACGCUAAAGUCUCAGGUGACCUACACAGUGACAGAUAAAGAUGAGCUCGUACUCGAAUAUCACGCUACGACCGAUCAAGACACGAUUAUUAAUUUGACAAACCAUUCAUACUUUAACUUGGCCGGUGUUGAAUUGAAUCCAAAGAUUCUGGAUCAUCGAGUGACAAUGACAGAUGAGGUCAAGGCUGUAUUGGAGUGUGAUCCAAACUGCUUACCUACGGGAAAGGUCCUUAGCUGGUCUGAAGCACCUUGGAUGAACUUUUCGGGACAAAAUGCAGGUUUACCUAUUGGCGCAAGGCUUGAACAUCUUCAAAAUACUCGAGGCUAUGAUCACCCUUAUGUCAUUCACAAUGAGUAUAGAAUCGACACAGCCAAUUUACCUCUCCGUCACGCUGUCAAUGUGUAUUCUCCCGAAUCAGGCAUCGAGCUUGACUUUUACACAACUGAACCUACUUUCCAAUUCUAUACAGGCGGUUGGCUAUCUGACGAAGGAUUAGAGGCAAAGAAAGAUCAAAAGAAAACAAAACUUGGUCCUAGCUCAGGAUUUUGCCUAGAAGCGUCUCGUAACCCUGAUUCACCCAAUAAGCCCGAUUGGCGUAGUGCGGUUUUGCUUCAAAAGGAUGCAACCUAUACCGCCAAAACUGUGUAUGCUUUCCAUGCCCGUUUGGAUUAA